GUCCAACAGGGAGCACCAGCUGAGAAGGACAAGUUCCUCACCAUGAUGAGUCACACCCGAGGUAGUCGUAUGGAAGAGCAGCACUGUGUCUUGAACCCUACCGGGACCACUCCCUCUCCCCCCAAACACUCCACUACUAUACCCUCAGGACAAGAUGCUGACCGGUUCUUUAACCUGUUGGCCAACACACAGGGUCAUCGGCUUGACGACCAGCGAGUGACCUUUCCCUUGUUACCUGGGAUACAUGGGUCUUCUGCUGGUCAUCAGGAUGGUGUGAAGACAAAGGCUGGACCUGAUCCAGCUGUCACACCCCAGGGCUCCAAGGCAGAUGUGCCACCAUGGCCUUCCACACCCCAGAUCACCCUGACUGAAGGGACUCCACUCACACUCAGGCAGGCCUACUAUAGACCAGAUUCUCCCACCCAGGCCUUUUCUGAACCAGCAGACUCCCAGAGAGAGACACCAAGAUCAGCUUCCUUUAGCCCUGGCACUGAAUACAAGACCAUACAGGAUCCCUCAGCUCAAGUAAAUAUAUUCACUUGA